CUGUAUCCGAGGCAUUGGGCCUAUUGGCACAUGCUGUCAUGUGCUGGUCAUCACCUCUGCAAGACUAGCCCCCAAGCCUCGAAGAAGAAGAACCCUCCUUUUAAGAUUUUCCUGGCCUCUUUUGCUUCCUAAAGCUGUCAUUUACAUGGCGAGCUGCUGCCCUUCGAAAUACCUUCGGUGAUUCACUUUACUCUCCUUUACUUGUCGAAGCCGCAAAUUGUAUCGCUCCCACUUUUUCCCAUAUCUUCCCCUCCCACUUCAGCUAAGAACGCGAUUCUCUUAGCUCUGUUCGUUUCUGGAUUCAGAGGUGAGAAGGGGCGAGAGUUUAUGUUGACAUCAGGACUUUGUGAAUCAAGGAAUCGAGAGAAUGUAAGAUGUUGAGGAACCCGAAGCUUUAACAUUUUCUUGAUCCAAAAUGAGUAGUGGGUCGUUGUGAAUUCUUGACUUGGUGGUGAAUUGCGGAAGGAAUCUGUGAAAGAUGCGGCGACGGGCGGCCGACUACCGGCGCCCGGUUCGACGGAGGUUUUCGAAUUGGAUCUGGGCGCUUCUUGGGUUAUUCUCUGUUGCUGGAUUGAUUUUGUUCGUUGUUCAUCAUAAUCAACAUGAAGAUCGGGUCGAACAGCCCAUAUUGGAGAGAACCAUAAGGAAUGAAGAGGUUUAUCAUGAUGGUUUGAACUUUACUGAAGAAAUAUUAAGUGCUACCUCAUUUGCAAGGCAGUUAGCAGAUCAAAUGACACUUGCCAAGGCCUAUGUCAUUAUUGCUAAAGAGCAUAACAACCUUCAGCUUGCUUGGGAGCUGAGCUUGAAUAUCAGAAGUUGCCAGCUUUUGCUUUCAAGAGCUGCCAUGAGGGAAGAGCCCAUCACACUAGAGGAAGCAGAGCCAAUUAUUAAAAGCCUAUCGUCCCUUAUCUUUAAGGCACAAGAUGCCCACUAUGACAUUGCAACCACAAUCAUGACGAUGAAAUCUCAUAUUCAAGCACUUGAAGAGCGUGCAAAUGCAGCAACAAUUCAAAGCACGGUGUUUGGCCAAUUGGCUGCCGAAGCAGUACCCAAGAGCCUUAACUGCCUAAAUGUUCAACUUACAGCUGAUUGGCUUAAGAAGUUGCCCCUGCAAGAACUUGCUGAUGAAAAGAGAAACUCUCCCAGACUUGUAGACAACAACCUUUACCAUUUCUGUAUAUUUUCAGAUAACUUACUAGCCGUCUCUGUAGUUGUCAACUCUACAAUCUCCAAUGCUGACCAUCCAAAGCAGUUGGUCUUCCACAUUGUCACAAAUGGAGUCAACUAUGGAGCUAUGCAAGCUUGGUUUCUUAGUAAUGACUUCAAAGGGUCCACCAUAGAAGUGCAGAACAUUGAAGAAUUUUCUUGGUUAAAUGCUUCUUAUGCUCCUGUUGUGAAACAGCUCAUUGAAGCAGAUUCAAGAGCUUACUAUUUUGAAGGGGGUGUGGAUUUGAAAACUGAGCCCAAGUUACAGAACCCAAAGUAUCUAUCUUUGUUGAAUCACCUGCGUUUUUACAUCCCAGAGAUUUAUCCGCAGCUGGAGAAGGUUGUUUUUCUUGAUGAUGAUGUUGUUGUCCAAAAGGAUCUGACCUCUCUUUUUUCACUGGAUUUGCAUGGAAAUGUGAAUGGAGCGGUAGAAACUUGCCUUGAGGCAUUUCAUCGUUAUUACAAGUACCUCAAUUUCUCGAACCCAAUCAUCAGCUCAAAAUUUGAUCCACAAGCUUGUGGAUGGGCAUUUGGUAUGAACAUUUUUGAUUUAAUUACAUGGAAGAAAGCAAAUGUGACAGCAAGGUAUCAUUACUGGCAGGAGCAGAAUGCUGAUCACACUCUGUGGAAGCUGGGCACCCUUCCUCCAGGGCUUCUAACUUUUUAUGGACUAACAGAGCCCCUUGAUCGGAGAUGGCAUGUGCUAGGAUUGGGUUAUGAUAUGAACAUUGACAACCGUUUGAUUGAGAGUGCAGCAGUUAUUCACUUUAAUGGGAACAUGAAGCCAUGGCUGAAGUUGGCCUUUGGCAGGUAUAAGCCUCUAUGGGAACGAUAUGUAAAUCAGAGCCACCGACAUCUUCAAGGCUGCAACACAAGUUGAUAUGUGCUGCUUCUAGACAGUGAAUUAUUUAAUGCGAUCAUUGGAAUUUUCAAGCCCUUAUCGCAUUGGUGUAGAGUCAGAAGUGGAAAAUUUUGGCUUUUUAGGUACUGUUCCUGUUUAUUAUUAAUAUAUAUAUUUAAAAAAAAUUUAUUCCAUCAUACCAUUUUGGAAGAAUAGAAUUAUUCUUACACAUUAGAAAGCAUAAAUGUAAAAGAGAUUGUGGAGGAUUCAUUUUUGACUGAUGGGAUUUUUUUGUUUCCCUUCUGCUAGUUGUAGAAUUAUUUGCUAGGCAGCAGUUAUUGUUUUCAUUCUCUCA